AUGGUUGGCCCAAGUUCGCAGGUCAGCAAAGCUCUGCUGUCGCUGCUCUUCCUGCUGAUCGUGUUUUUCGCCUGGAUGGACGUGAAUCUGUACAUCCGCAUCCAGGACUACCCGAUCCGCGAUACGGACCCGUUCCUCAAUGCGGCCAACAGCAGUUUGCUGCUGCUGAAGUCACCGCUGCCGGGCGGGAGUCAUCCGAGCACCGUGACGGCUCCGCUACUGGCACCUCCGUCCUCGUCGUCGGUGCCGCAGCAACUCAAUCGGUACGUCGUACGCUACGAGGACGUGGCGUGGGUCGGCUGUGACCUGAACCCGCUGUGCGACGUCACGGUGAAGGCGAUGAUGCUGGAUCACACCAACCACUACCUGUUCGCACCGAUCGCCACGAUCGUCGACAAUGUGGCCGGCUUCUCGAAGGGUGACCUGGUGACGCCCAACAUGAUCUCGACGUUCCACGUGUUCGUGGCGAUUGCGGCCGGCCGGAUGGUGGCCUCGGAUUCGCUCGGCUACCGGCGCAUCGGUGUGGUGUUGUUCCAGUUCCGCACCUUCCUGGACGAUCUCGAUGGGCACGUGGCCCGGGCGAAGAAGAACAUCCGCGGUGAACGGUCCGACAUCGGGUCGGCCGGGUACUACAUCGACGGGAUCUGUGACGGGCUCGGCUGUAUCGCGCUGAUGAUCGGGGCGUUCGUGUUUCUGAGGAACAAUCCACCGCGGCGCGGCUACACGCAGCUGCAGUCGAUCAUCCCGGUGGCGGAGCCGAAGGGUUCGUCCGAGUCGGGCGUCAUCUACAAGGUGAAGGUCACGACGAAGAAGGUCGCGCGGAAGGUGCUCUGCUACACCGGCAUGCUGAUGCUGAGCUCGACCGGCUGGAACCGGUACAUCGCGAUCUACCAGGACAUGCUGGAGCGCGAGAACGUGACGCCGACCCAGUACCUGCACCAGGAGUCCGUGUUCCGCUCGACCGGCUUCUUCUGCAUCGCCUGGCUGUGGCGCAUCUUCAACGUGCACGCGCUGCUCCACUUUCUGCUGCUGAGCGUCUUCUGUGAUAAGCUGUGGGAGUACCUGCGCCUGGUGCAGUACUCCGGCUACGUGGCCCUCCUGGUGAUCAUCAGCGUCGCCGAGAUGCACCUGCUGGGCGUCCAGACGUUCAUCUACAAGUCGCUCACCGCCAGCAACAGCUCCUUGUGAUUGGCCUAGAGACAGAGUGUGUGUUUGUUGUCGCCGUCCUCUGCGUCGCACCUUUCUUCUGUACCUGUGUGUGUGUGGCUUCUCGCCGGGCCGGAGCGCUGGAUCGCGGAUCACUAAUCUAACAACGGGCCUUAGCUUGAGUGAGAACGGACGGUGCGGGGAGAACUCUAGAGCACGUGUUGUCUAUUUGAGCUCGUUGCGUCUGCGUAGAACUGUAGAACCUUAGAGAGGAGGUAGCGUUAGGGGACAAGUUGACGCUGAACCGUUUUUUCUGCGGCAAAGUGUGAUUAUACGCGGGGGGAAGCCUUGCCCAAAGUGGGGCAAAGAUCCCCCAGAGAGGAACUCGGUAGCUGACGAUCGUGACGAAACGUGAAGGGAAGAUUAACAAGAGAGAGAGCCUUUAUCACUGCGGUGUGUGUUAGAUCAAUGAUUGUGUUUGCUAAAUGUAUUUUAUCUGUCAAGUUAGUGUAUAAAUGUUACGCUUUCGGGUGGUGAGUGGUGGUGUGUAUGUACGCGUGUGAGUGUUGUACAGUGUGUUUGUUGAUCACCGCGCACCGAUCAGAAAGCGUCACAGCCUGUAUAUCCACAAUCAUCGAGUGAUAUUGUUUGAGAGAUUUCCGAGGGUCGCCCGGUGAUUUUCUACGUAUUUUACGUUCGAAAGAACACCCUUUCUAUAAGCGUAUCGUUUUACUACGGAGGGGGACCACUCUGUGGGCCGCGGUGGGGUAGAAUUAGUUGGCCAACGUCGACUUUAAAAGUGACCAGGCGUCUCCAUUACCACGUAUAUGCGUUUGACCGUCACCAGUGUUUUCCUUUCGAUCUUGCCACCAGCGCGCGCUCGCUGGAGCUCCAUUCUGGAGUUCGCGAUCGUUUGCGGUCUGAACUGUUGUAACUAAUCGUUUCAUGGAUGUUAUCACCCCCUUUCAUCGAGAGAUAAAGAAAUGGAAAUAAAACUGAAAUCUUGUA